AAUAUAGACCAUUUGCAUGAAUCAUUCCGCUAGAAGCCUCCGAACCGAGCACACGACAUGCAUCAAAGCUGCCAGAUCCACAGUUGAUCAGAAUUCUCAACGAUCGACAUGAAAUCUGGGGAAGCAAAUGUGGAGAGAAGUCGGCACUCGCUGACAACAAGUCCCGAUGCGGCAUACAAAACUGCAUCGGCCCUCGUGUUUAUACUCGGCCUUUCGCCAAGUACAGCGCACCGAUGCCCCGACUCGGCUGGACUAACACGAACUUGGCAACGCACGUCUCAUCUGGAGAUCUGAAUCUGCUUACAGAUAACCUCUUCCAGUUUGGUGAUAAUCAGUGCUUAGUAUGCCAGGGUGGCUAUGACUUUACAGCUACAGCUCGAUCCUUGGCGAAAAUAAGGAGUGUAAUUAGUUCGUUGUGUUGGAUAUAAAAGGAAAGGGGAGAAUUGCCGGAAAGGGCAUUAGCUAUUCUGCAGUCUUAAUCGUAAACAACAUGUCUCAAUCGUUUCUUUCACAGCUUUGGAAGCAACUGCAGCCAUCGAGACAUAACAAAAGACUGUCGACUCAAGCUGCACCGAGUACGACAAUUCUUUUGCAGAAUGGCUUCGUCAUACAGCAUGAUGAGCAUGAUUCUGUUCAAGUCGUUGAGAAUACCGAUAUCUUGAUAGUAGACGGUAUUAUCAAGGAAAUCGGCAAGUCCACCAAACCUCCACCUCAUGCUGAAGUUGUCGACUGCUCCAACAAGAUAGUUAGCCCGGGGUUCAUCAAUACACAUCACCACCUCUGGCAGACACAGCUCAAGGGUUAUGGUACAGACAACUGCUGGUUGGACUACUUUUCAGAUGAUCUUUUGCAGGCUUUCAAUUAUACCCCUCAAGAUAUAUACUGGGGCCAAUUGGCAGGCUGUCUUGAAGCACUCGACGCCGGAACAACAUACGUCCUCGACCACUGCCACGGCUGCAAAUCUUCCGAACACGCCGAGUCAGCUAUAUCUGCAUUUUCAGACUCUGGUAUCAGAGGAGUAUUCGCUUACGGAGAAACGUUCCUAAAUCUCCAGAAAUGGGACGACAAAUCAUGUGUCCCGAAUCCCAUGUCUGUAUCCGAACCAUUCAUCAAGCAUGUCGAAGAUUUAGCCCAAAGAGGUCCUUUUGGGAACGGCUGUGUCGACGUUGGUGUUUCAUUUGAUGGAUAUCAUAUGCCACAACAAGAAGUGGAAAAGUUAUUCCAUCGAGCGGUCAAAGCUGGUGUCAAGCUCAUUACAUCACACAGCGGCAACUUCGGAUCCUCUGUACCAAAAGCUCUUGAGAAGUACUCUCUGUUCCCUGGCCCAGAAGACGACUACACUAUUCUCAUCUCUCACGGUAACUACAUGGACGACCAAGACUUCGAGAUCCUCAAGAAACACCACGCUCCGCUAGCAUGCACACCUGCCACGGAAGCUCAAGGCUCAAUGGGCUGGCACCUCCUGUUCGAACCAGGCCUCAUCACCGCCCUGGGCGCAGACUGCCAUUGCCUCACUUCCUCGUCACUCAUGCAAGCAGCCAGGACCGCCCUUCUCUUCUCCCGGUUACAAAAGACACUUGAGCAUAAAGAAAAAGGCAAAAUGGUCGAUAAAUUCGAUCAAACGAGUCAUGACGUCUUUAACAAAGCGACCAUUGAAGCUGCGAGGGCUGUUGGCAUGGGAAAUGAAAUAGGGUCUAUUGCCGUUGGUAAAAGGGCGGAUGUUGUGAUAUUCUCCCGGGAUCAAUCGUUAGCAUUUGGUGCGUCGGCGAGAGAGGAACCAAUCGCUGCGAUCGUCACGUACAGUGAGGCCCGCGAUAUCGAGGCUGUUUUGGUAAACGGUUGUUUCAGGAAACGUGAUGGCAAGAUGGUUCCUGUUGUGAAGGAUGGAAAAGACAUUGGAAUUGAUCGUGUCUUGACAGAGCUUGAUCAGAGUCAGAGGGAUAUCAGGAAGAAGCGAGAGUCAUGCAACACGGCCAUAUCGAAGGGUUUAGUUUGUAGCAUCGUUAAUCCUGGUCAGGCAUAG